AUGGAUGUAGUUAAAAUACGGAUGCAAAUUGCGAAGACGCCUUUGAUCACAACGAUAGGCAGAACUUACCGCGAAGUCGGUUUCCGCGGAUUUUACCUCGGUUGGACCGCCGCUAUGCUCCGGCAAUUGACUUAUACUACUGCGAGGCUCGGAAUGUAUCACACGUUAUACGAUUUAGGCCAAAAUUAUUUCGGCCAUUUAAACUAUCUUUCAAUGAUUGGCAUCGGAAUGUUGUCUGGCGUUGUGGGCGCGUUCGUCGGUACACCGAGUGACGUGGUUUUGAUUCGUAUGAUAAGUGACAUACAAUUACCUCCAGAGAAACGUCGGAAUUACAGAAACGCUAUCACCGGCGUAAUUGACAUCGGCAGAAAGGAAGGUCUUCGCGGAUUAUGGAGAGGUGCUGUGCCAACUAUGACAAGAGCAGCGAUUGUCAAUGGAUCGCAAUUAGGCACAUAUAGUAAAGUGAAGAUAAUGUUAAUCGAUACAGGUUUAUUUCAAGAAGGUGUAGUACUUUCGUUCAUGGCAGCAAUGCUAUCAGGACUAGUGAUGUCUUUAACAUCACUUCCUGUAGAUUUAGCUAAAACUAGAAUACAAAGUUUGUCUGGAAAGGCGAAACCGCCAGGUAUCUUGCAAGUGUUGAUACACAUAGUAAAGAUGGAAGGAAUUCCAGCAUUGUGGCGCGGAUUUUUACCAUAUUAUGCUAGAGCAGCGCCUAAUGCCGUAGUUACUUUAAUAUGUUUAGACGGACUAAGACAUGGAUAUUUCACACUGUUUGUAGCUCGAAGUGAAUAA